CAAGUAUUUGGAACAGCGGGAGUAGUAUAUAACGGAGACUCUUCAUAUUUUAUCACAGACAUAGGUGGAACCCUAUAUGUAAAGAACCAAAGCCGCGUGUGAAACUGAAGUUUUCGGAAAAGCGGAAGCCAUGAAGAGUAAUGAGCCUCGUUCAACAUCUUCUUGUGCAGCUUGUAAGUUCUUGAAGAGAAGGUGCACUCCCAAUUGCCAAUUUGCACCAUAUUUCCGGUCAGACGAGCCCAAGAAGUUUGCGAACGUGCACAAGGUGUUUGGAGCUAGCAACGUGAUCAAGAUCCUGAAUGAAGUACCACAUGACCAGCGAGAGGACACUGUCAACUCGCUGGUCUACGAGGCUGAGGUGAGGCUCAGGGACCCGGUUUACGGUUGCAUUGGAGCCAUAGCGUCUUUGCAGCAGAAGAUGGCGGAGUUACAACAUGAUCUGAUGGUUACUAGAUCUCAUCUUGCUUACUAUGAAGCCAAGCCUAGCAGCACAGCUUCUUGUUCAUUCUUGGAUUAUGAUCCUCUCAAUGCCAACAUGCCUUCUGUUUUUGUGGACACUUCGGUGUCUGGUGGAUUCUUGGAUAGCUUCAGCCAGAAUAUCUUUAACAUGGACCAAAGUGGAUCCACCAAUGAAUUUGGCCAAUUCCCAUUUCCAUGAUCACUCCAUUGUGUUUACGCAUUUCCUUGUAUAUACAAAAAGGAAGCGGCUCAUGAAAGGUAAUUUUCUUUGUUUUUCUACAUGGUAUGAUUUGCCUAGUAAAUGAAAGACUAAUUUAGUCAUUUGCUUUUCUGAUUAACGGCUAUAGCCACGUUUUCUUUUAUUCUUGGAGUGUUAAGCCCAUAAAAA